GGUGUGUCAGUUGUGAACAGCAUGGUGAGUGGGGAAGAAGGAAGUAGUCUCACGGUUCAAUGCCUUUACACUCAGAGAUUCAGACUAAGUGAGAAGAAGUGGUGUCGGAGCGGAGACCCGAGCUCCUGUCUGUCGACAGGUUCUGAAAGGAGUUACGAAGAUACUUCAGUGACCAUCAGCGAUGACAGAACUGAGGCUUUCACUGUAACCUUAAAGAAGCUGCAGAUGAGAGAUGCUGACUGGUAUUUAUGUUCUGCAGGGCAGCAGCAAGUAGCCGUACAGGUUCAGGUCAGACCACACGGCUCUACUAAGCCCGUGACAUCCCCACCUACUCCGAGUCAGCCCUGGAACCGUUACCGUUACAUGUUGGAGUCUAUAGUGGGGUGUUCGACUCUCCUGCUUCUAGUGGGCUUGGCUGUAUUGGCAAGAAAGAUACUGCACAAGAAGGCUUCUUCACGCUUUAAGCAGACGGAAGAGAUAUUCCCUGAUAAUCCAAAGGGCAUGAGAGACCUGCAACGAAGCAAGUAACACAUUAAGUGUUUGACAACAAGGGUACAAUGAACCUACUUGCUUACUAAGAUCAUUUUGUGAAUUGUUAAUUGUUACUCUUUGUAACUGAAUGUAAUUUUUCUAUUAAUUUGCCACACAGAACAUACGGUCUUUGGUCCAGUUUUUUUACCAAACCAAACCACGUCUGAACAAAGCUAUAUGUUGUGCUUCCUGCAAUAUAAAUUUGGCACAUUAUAGACUUGGCUUAUAUAGACUCAGUAUUUUAGACUCAAUAAAAUAAAUCAAAAUACACGUGUAUAAUUAUAUGUGACUUUUUAUUUAUGUACCAGACUCUAUAUAUUUUUGCAACCUGUGACCUUUUUGCUCAUUAUAGUGGUCUUAUGACAAAGUAGCAUUUAGGUGGAAAUCUAUGCGUAAAACUUUCCUUUUUAGUUACACUUCAAUAGACCUAGAGUGUUUGGGGCUUCCCAUGAUGUACUGAUGGUUUCUUCUUCACUACACUUUUUUCACUCUCUCUGUGCUUACAUGCCACUUUAAAUUUAAUCAUCAUUAUUAAUCUCCGGCCCUCCUUCACUGUGUAUUUAAUUUGUCCUUUCUUGCUCAACAAAGCGGUCGGUGCAGAUGUCUUCCCCUCCCUGAGCCUGAUUCUGACAGGUUUCUACCUGUUAAAAGGAAAAGGGAGUUUUUCCUUCCCACUGUUGCAAAGUUCUUGUUCAGGGUUAGCUCAUUGUAGUUAUAUAUAACACCUCGAGGCGAGUGUUGUGAUUUGGAGCUAGAUAACUAAAAUUAAACUGAAUUGAAUCUGCCAAUCAAAGUUGCAGCUGAAGAGAAGGAACACUCACUUGGGGUUUAAGUGUUUGUGUUUCACAGAUGGUGUAUAUGGACACUAUAGUUUAAGUUGGGCUCUGCUUUAGUUUCUACUACUGCUGAGAGACAUAAUGCAACUGAGUAGGGGGUUUUGGUACUGUAUUUGCUCAAAAGGGCCAAAAGUGCAAAAAUGAUGUCAAGUACUGUCAAGAGCAGACCCACACAGAGCUCUCUUUAAUUGUCUUUAAUGCAUCCACGAGUGCAGCAGUUCCAAGAGGAAGCAACUGUUACAUGUCAAUGAAACUACUACUACAAUGAAACUACUACCAAUUAAGAACAAAACUGACUAGUUCAACAUUGUAAGACUUUCUUUUUGUUAUCUUAAGGCAACAUAGUUAUUGCAGUCAAUUAAAAUAACAUGUUAACACUGAUGGUUCCCAAGAAAUCAUAAAGCCUGCAUAUAUAAUGUACAUAUGAAGUGGUAAUGUUUUCAGCUCCAAACUGCUGCUUGUUGCUACAAAGACCAAACAGAAAGAAUAUCCAAUGCAAACAGUAAAUCUUGUCUGCCCAAAAAGCCCAUGAGACCCAGAGGGCGAAAAUGAUUUCAGUUUUUGCUAGUAUUAGUGGAAC